AGGCACAAGCAGCUCACAGCUUGGUAGUGCAGAGGGGGAGGAGGCGGCUGAAGCUUCAGCUAUCACAGGCAGGAGGGAGAGAAAGCCCCGUGUGAGCCCCGGCUGCUGGAGUCCCGUCCAGUAUGGAGUGCGCCCUGGACGCGCAGAGCCUGAUCAGCCUCUCCCUGAGGAAGAUCCACAGCUCCCGCACCCAGCGCGGAGGCAUCAAGCUGCACAAGAACCUGCUGGUGUCCUACGUCCUGCGCAACGCCCGGCAGCUCUACCUGAGCGAGCGCUACGCGGAACUCUACCGGAGACAGCCCUUCCAGCAGCCCAUGGAGUGCGUCCCGGCCAUGGAGGAGAUCCCGGAGCUCAGCCCGCUGCAGAUCCCGGAGGAAGGCGAGGACGAGAUGCACCAGCUGCCCCGGAUCCAGCCCGACGUGCUGGAGCCGGUGGAGGAGCCCCUGGAGCUGCCGCCGUGCGCCCUGACCCCGCACCCAGGCAAGGACUUACAGGCGGGCAGCAGCUUCUACCCCCGGAGCUGCUGCUCGGAAGAAUCGUCCGUCACCCACUGCAGCCAGACCACGGUGCUGGACCUGGACACUCACGUCGUGACCACCGUGGAGAACGGCUACCUGCACCAGGACUGCUGCGCCUCGCAGUGCCCAUGCCAUAGCGCACCGUGCCCUGCGCUCCCGGCGGCUCCCAAGCGCAAAUACCCCCCGGUGGGGUACAGCUACACGGCGGAGGACGACGACCUGGAGCCGCACUUUGUGCCCUGUAAGCGGGGCAGAUACGAGGACUUUUGCCCGCAGCUGGUGGCGCCCCCGGAGCCCUCCACGGACUCCUCCAACAUCUCCAACCUGAUCUCGAUCUUUGGCUCCGGCUUCUCGGGGCUGAUGAGCCGGCAAGCAGAGACUGAACCGCAGAGUCUGAACGGACACUUGUGCGGCAAACAGGCGCUGGCCAGCCUGGGGGCAUGGACUAGAGCUAUAGUGGCCUUCUAGUGCCCUCUGCGGAGGCGAUGGAUGGAUUGCGAGCUCUUGGGGCAAGGCACGAGGUCUGGGGAGGGGGUGGGGGGCACUGAGGACUGUAAUGUUUUCUAGAAUCUGUACAGACCAGAAUAUCUUUGGACUUUAUUUUUCCAACAGAGAGAAGCACCUAUUUAAUUCCGUUCUAUUCCUGUUAUUUUUAUUCCAUUUGUGAUGGUUGAGCUAAGAAGUCUCCUGGGCACAGGCUGCAGGGAGAGGGGGCACCUUCCCUUCAUUUUACACUUCUUCUCCUUUAUUUUCUACUUUUUCAUUUUCUCUUUCUUAUUCUUCAUUUUCUCUUUCUUCAUUUUCUCCUU